GCAUCUAUAGAGCAUGACGAAUCUAAGAUCCUCUGUGCCCAGCUGGAGUUGAACCAGGUGAAGUCUGAGGUGGACAGAAAGAUUUCUGAAAAGGAUGAGGAGAUUGACCAGUUGAAGAGAAACAGCCAGAGAGUUAUUGAUUCCAUGCAGACCAAUCUGGACGCUGAGGUCAGGAGCAGGAAUGAUGCCCUGCGAGUUAAGAAGAAGAUGGAGGGAGACCUCAAUGAGAUGGAGAUUCAGCUAAGCCAUGCUAAUAGGCAGGCCAGUGAGUCACAAAAACAGCUGAGAUAUAUCCAAGAUCAGCUCAAGGUUAGCUGAUGGAAACAAACAUACAUGAAAUAUACUGUUUGUUUUGCAGUUAUAGGAGAAACUUCACCAUUUCCAUUUACUUUGAUCAAUUCAUUCCCCCGUAGGAAGCACAACUCCACCUUGAUGAUGCUAUUAGAGGACAGGAUGAUACGAAGGAGCAGGUUGACAUGUCUGAGCGCAGGAGCAACCUGUUGCAGGCUGAAAUUGAUGAGAUGAGGGGUACUCUGGAACAGACUGAGAGAAGCCGUAAAACAGCUGAGCAAGAACUAGUGGGUGCUAGCGAGAGAGUGCAGCUACAGCACUCACAGGUACAGUACUCAACUUUCUUAAUCACCUCAGCCCUAAAGCAACAACUCAUUUAAUCUAAAAAUACAAAAUGUCCCCAUGGUGAUUUGCUGAAUUACAUAUUUUACAGAAUACAAGCCUGAUCAACAUUCGCAAGAAACUUGAGGCUGAUCUCGCCUCAAUUCAGGAUGAGUUGGAAGACAGUAUUCAGGAGGCCAGAAACGCUGAGGAGAAGGCCAAAAAGGCUAUCACUGAUGUACGUCUAUGUUCCGCCUUAUUUACUGUAAGUGUCCAUGAUGGCAGAGGAGCUGAAGAAGGAGCAGGACACAAGUGGUCACCUUGAGAGAAUGAAGAAGAAUCUGGAGAUCACCGUCAAGGACCUGCAGCACCGUCUAGUUGAAGCAGAGAAUAUUGCCAUGAAGGGUGGAAAGAAGCAACUCCAGAAACUGGAGACAAGGGUAGUGUUUGUAUAGUUAAGAUUAUAAUAGAACCUUAACUAUUAUUGAAGAUGCAGAUGACAAUGUUAUGCUUGUAUUAUGUGGUGGUAAUAGUUGUUGGUUUCCAUCAGGUGAGAGAGCUGGAGAUUGAGCUAGAGUCAGAGCAGAAACACGCCUCAGAUGCUGUAUGAGCACAGAAUCAAGGAGCUCACCUAUCAGGUAAAUGUCAGCUGGAUGGAUACACUGCAUGCAAAACUGCACCGUUGAAUUCCUCAUCACCACAGUUCUUUGGUGCAUGGCAAUUUUAAGAAUUCUCCAUAAUAGGCCAUAGGCUGCAUAAAAUGUGUCCUGUUUUAAAACAGUCUGAGGAGGAUAAAAAUAACAUCAUUAGACUUCAAGAACUGGUGGACAAGUUACAGCUGAAGGUCAAAGCCUACAAGAGACAGGUGGAGGAGGCUGUGAGUACAACUCAAUCCAGACCAGUUUACACACAUGGUUUUUAACCUCCCUUCAAAAUGUUGACACUUAAUCCAAUUUCAUUUUAUAGGAGGAGCAAGCCAAUACCCACCUGAUCAAGUUCAGGAAGGUGCAGCAUGAGUUGGAGGAGGCUGAAGAGCGUGCUGACAAUGCUGAGACCCAGGUCAACAAGAUGCGGGUUAAGCGUCGUGACAUGGGCAAG